AUGGCAGAUGAAGUGAAAGGUUUAUUGAAGCGUGAGAAGCACUUACAAAAUAGCUUGAGCUUCGUUGAAAGAUUCUUGCAGAAUUACAACGAAGAUCGAGAUUACAGACAGUUAAGUGUGCGCUUAAACGUUCUUGAGAAAGUGGGAGCAGAAUAUUUUACAGUACGUGCAAGAAUCGAGCUUCUGCAAGAAGAAGAAGAGGUAAGGAAACAGGCUAAUACUGAUCCCGCAGUGAAGGAAGAGGUCUUACAUCAAUUGGAAGAGACGAACUACCAGAUGAUGCAAGAGUUUGAUGAUCGUUUCUGUGCUUUGAAAGGAGAGCUGUUAGACCUGCAGUUGUGUCGAGAUUCAAUGCCUACAACUCACAAUGAGUCUGAUUCAGCUAACCAACGUGUACAUAUGAUAUCCCGGGUAAAACUUCCAGAGAUACGACUUCCAACUUUCAGUGGACGAAUGCAUGAGUGGGUCACAUUUCGUGAUACCUUCCACAGUCUCAUUGAUCAGAGCUCACAACUGAACGAGAUCGACAAAUUUACAUAUCUAAGAGCAUCGCUAUCUGGUGAGGCACUUCAAGAGAUCAAUCGGGUCGAGAUUUCGGCAGCUAAUUACGAAGUGGCUUGGCAGGCAUUGCAAGAUCGGUACGAGAACAAGAAACUACUUGUGAAGGCAUAUUUAGAUGCUCUUUUUUCCAUCGACCCAUUGAAGAAGGAGAGUUAUGAAGGGCUUAGUCAAUUGGUCGGUCAAUUCGAGAAAAACUUGCAAAUGCUUGAAAAGAUUGAAGUUUUGACGACUAACUGGAGUACAAUUUUAGCCUAUAUGGUUUGCUCUAGAUUAGAUUCAUCGACGCUACGACAAUGGGAGUCGUGUCACAAUUCCAAAGAUCCACCACAGUAUGCAGAUUUGAUGAAAUUUCUACGUAGUCAAUGCGCCGUUUUACAAUCGAUUUCCGUUUCACCAAAAACGAGCAAUGAGGCUCGACCACAAAGGGUUACCGUUUGCAGCACACUCGUGAAGACGUCUGGAAAAUGUUUAUUUUGUGGUGAGUCAUGGCAUUCAGCGUUUCAGUGUAUUAAAUUCCAAAAGCAGUCAGUUCCCGAGCGUAUAAACGCUGUUAUGAGAAGUAAGCUUUGUCGCAACUGUUUGCGUCCAGGACAUGUCGCUAAAACCUGCGAAAGAGGCGUUUGUCACCAUUGCCGCCAACGACACCACUCUAUGUUACACGUAGAGUCAUCACAAGCUGGACCCGUUCCAUUUUCGCAGACACGACCUCAGACAGCAAUACAGCAACCCCGACAGCCAGUAACUAAGCAAACCAGUCCGAACCAACAAAUACACACUCUACAGAGUAAUGAACAGAAUAACACCGCCAACUCGCAUAACACAACCACACCGUCCAACACUAACGUAGCCACCACUAGUCAAACAUGUAUCGCACUCCCCAGCACACCUACACGAAACAUUAUUCUUUCGACUGCCCUUGUUUGUGUCAAGGACAGUCGCGGCAAUUCGCUGCUAGGGCGAGCCUUGCUGGAUUCUUGCUCGCAGCAUUGUCUGAUGACGACAAGCUUUUCGAAUAAACUCAAGUUUAAAGAAACUCCCGCAUUCUUAUGCAUCCAAGGUGUUGGAUCGUCUAAAGAAACUUCGUCCAAAUCUGUCAAAGCAGCCGUCACCGCGCGGUCUACCGAUAUUUCAUCGUAUGCUGAAGAGAUGCAAUUCCACAUACUACCAAAAUUAACCAUCGAAUUACCGACAUUGAGCUUUAAUCCAUCACAAUGGUGCUUACCAGAAGACGCUACUCUUGCCGAUCCCUGGUUUCAUCAAUCCGGUCCGAUCGAUAUGAUAAUCGGAGCGGAAUAUUACAUUGACCUCCUCGAAGAAGGCCGUUUUAAGGCAACCGAAGAAGGCCCCACACUUCAGAAAACAGUUUUCGGUUGGAUAGUUUCCGGUCGUGUUCCUAUUCCAGAAUCUAAACCCACAGUUUCGACUACCUACGUUUGCUUAACAGCAGACAUCCAAGAAUUACUUACAAGGUUUUGGGAACUAGAAACAUGUCGGUCGCUCAGUACAAAUUCUAUGGAAGAAUCUGCGUGCGAGAAGAUCUUCCAAGAAACAACCGUCAGAGAUGAGACGGGACGGUUUAUAGUUACACUUCCAAAAAGGCAAACAAUCCUCAAGCAACUUGGUGAAUCCAGAACUACUGCUGUUAAACGAUUUAUGGGCUUGGAGCGGCGCCUAAUGGCAAACUCGGAGUUAAAAGCAUUGUACAGCGACUUCAUACUCGAAUAUCAAGUCCUAGGUCACAUGAAACCUAUAGUCGAAGAUUCAACAGAGACCGCCUACUAUCUACCCCACCACGCAGUUUUAAAACCAGACAGCACCACUACUAAGUUGCGCGUAGUAUUUGACGCGUCAUGUCGAACUAGCACCGGAUUUUCUUUGAACGACGCAUUAAUGGUGGGUCCCGUCGUGCAAGAUGAUUUGCUAAACAUAAUUAUCAGAUUUCGUUUACAUCGUUAUGCAUUAGUUGCGGAUAUCGCAAAAAUGUACCGCAUGGUACAAGUUCAACCUGCUGACCAGCCUUUGCAGAGAAUUCUCUGGCGAGAAUCGCCAGAUCAACCCAUUAAAACUUACCAACUGACUACCGUCACGUAUGGAACAGCUUCCGCUCCGUACUUGGCUACAAAAUGUUUGCAGCAACUAGCCGAAGACGGAAAACUCACUUACGUUGUUGCCGCAAGGGUUCUCAAAAAGGACUUUUAUGUGGACGACAUGCUGUCCGGAGUAGACAAACUCGAAGAUGGACAACGAUUUGUUAGCGAGAUGAUUGAACUAAUGCAGUCAGCUGGUUUCUCAUUACGAAAGUGGAAUUCUAAUUGCAAGGAUAUCUUACUGCAUGUUCCUGUUCAUUUAAGAGAUGAUCGUACUAUUCUUCAGAUGGACACUUCAACGUCUACCGUUAAAACCCUAGGCUUACUGUGGGAACCCAGUACUGACCGAUUCCAAUUCAGCAUACCGCAAUAG